AUGGACUUUCUCUUCGAUUGUCCAGCGCCGGUACCCUGCGCGCCUUCUCUCCACUCACACUCUGACACGGACACUGUAUAUCUCUCAGAAUAUCUCUGGAAUGCGUUGAAUCUCCCUCAACCUGCGGAUCACAGGCCGGCAAUUUCUGUGUCCAGGAUUUUGCCAUGCCGAACGAACUUCUCAACGUCACUGAGUUCAUUGGUCUGCUGGGCUAGUCUAGACAACAAUGUCACCGAGCUGGCUGUCCCACUGCGAUUGUUGGAGCAGUAUGGACGCGUUUUCUGGCAAAGCGACUUCCGUCCAUCAGCCACUGACCGUACGCAUUCUGUCACCGUUGUGCGUCCCGUUCCUCUAUCGGAAGUCAUUCUAUCUGCACUCUCCAGCGAGGCCUACGCCGUUGCUAUAUCCAACAAGUCUGCAGUUGAGAGCUGGUUCUUCGGCAAGGGCAUGAUAUUGCGCCGGGGAGCAAUUUGCGAAUUGGUCACAGAGGAGCUGGGCUUGUCAGGGCGGUCAGCCUGUGCGUAUCAGUUGGCCAUGACUGCUCCUGUUCUGCAAGGAUAUGCCAAGAAGGGCGUCACUCGCUUUUACAUCUCUGCCCAUCAACUGGGCGGUUCUAUGUCUAAUGGACAGUUCUCUGAGUCUCCCGAGGUUCGCUCGGAGUCCGACUGGAACGACUUGCAAAAGGAUGGUGUGGAGAUUGACGAAGACUUCCUUGCCGGUUCGGUGCUUCAUUCCAUGCCUGGUUUGUCUCCUCGCAGCAACGAAGGCAGUCCGCAGCCCAGCAGUUCUCGGAGCUCUGUUGAGCAUGAUCACCCGUACGGCGAGAAGCUCCAUAUCACGAUGCCGGAAUGGACAUGUACAGUUGAACCGUUAGUGCAGCCUGUUUCACCCCAGUGGGACGAUUGCACAGUCUAUGUCCGUACUUCUGACCUCAGCAAGAUUGCGGUGCUGAAUGGAGACUGGGCUGUCGUCCGACCUCGACAUGGAUCGUCCCAUCGUCUUGUCCGUGUGCAAGUAAAUGAAGAACAGGAGGAGACUUCAACUUAUGUUACCGCUGCUCCUCAACUUCUGUACAACAUCCUUUCUAAGACAGCCUCGAUCAAUGACUCGGAAAUCUGCUUGAUGUCAAGCCCAUUCGGUUGUCGCCAGCCUGCCAUCCCUAUGGCACGAGCUGUCACUAUUGCUCGCGUAGCGUCUCCGUUCUCGACGGAUCGCACAUACCAAUAUUCGUUCCUACGCGCCUUACAAGGAUAUUUCAAAGGCACAACGCGUCUGGUUAAGCAGGGCGAUGUGAUCACAGUGAAAAUAAAUACGGAUGACAUUCAACACCAAGGAGAAGAAGACACAAGUGGAGAGGAUGGGUCGGACGUUGGACUCGAGUCUCCGUGUUCGUCUGACAACGCGAAUGAAUUUAUAUUCUUCAUUGUGACGAAUAUUGAGCACAACGUCAUGUCGAACCGCGGCGGUGCUACAUCUCCCGAUCUCUACGUAGGGUCGACUGUUGGCGAGCUUGGAUGCUGGGUGGACCCUUCGGUUACGCGUGUCAUACAGACGGGCGUGGAGCAUGCAAGAGUACCCGACGCCGCCCUAUACCUAGGAAUCAGUGCGGAGAACAGCCCGAUCCUUAUGGGUUCAGAAUCGUUAUCUUCUUCUCUUAUCUCGCCUGAUGGUGCCUUUGGAAAAUUGCUUGCGUUGACCUCGGCUGCACUGAACCGCAAUGCUGUUGACUACCAGCUGCAACUGUCUAUUCUUUUGCAAGGCCCUAGCGGGGUCGGGAAAUAUACUGUAGCCACCUGGGUGACGCAGCGCCUAGGUAUUCAUUUGUAUGAAGUCAGCUGUUACGAUAUUCUGGGUGAAACUCCUGUGAAGACGGAAGGCACGCUCCGAGCACGGUUUGAGAAAGCUGCCUCAUGUUCACCAUGUAUCUUCCUAUUGCGACACCUUGACGCCUUUUCGCAGACAACGCAAAGCCUUGAACCAGGAAAGGAACCAACCAUUGUCGACGCACUCCAUGAGUGCAUCGCCGAACUGCAGCAAUCAUGGAACCUCACCGGUUUCCCGGUCAUCGUGUGCGCGACAACAAGUAAUCCUGAUCGAGUCUCUCCACGUAUACUGUCUUGUUUCAAACACGAAGUCAUCUUCGAGGCACCUGGAGAAGCUGAGAGAUACGAUAUCCUGGUGUCUCUUCUCCGUACUCGCACUCUUGCUCCAGAUGUCGCGUUGAAGGAUUUGGCUGUACAAACUGCCGCUCUGGUGGCUGCCGACCUUGUCAGUUUCGUCUCUCGUGCAGAGAGUGCCUCCAUGAAGCGAGCUAUCCAAGAAUCGAAUGGCUGCGCAGAGUUUGACUUGGUCACAGCCGGCAUACCUCUGAUAGCUGAAGAUUUUGAUAUCGCAUUGGCUGAAUCUAGGGCGUCAUACUCUGAGAACAUCGGAGCACCAAAGAUUCCCUCGGUAACUUGGGACGACGUUGGAGGACUCGCCCAUGUCAAACAGGACAUUUUGGAUACCAUUCAGCUCCCGCUGGACCAUCCGGAACUUUUCGCUGAUGGCUUGAAGAAGCGGUCUGGUAUUCUGCUGUAUGGCCCUCCGGGAACAGGAAAAACAUUACUCGCAAAGGCCGUGGCAACAUCCUGUACAUUGAACUUUUUCUCCGUCAAGGGGCCCGAACUGCUCAACAUGUACAUCGGAGAGUCUGAAGCCAACGUCCGGCGAGUCUUCCAGCGUGCCAGGGAUGCACGACCUUGCGUCAUAUUCUUCGACGAGCUGGACUCGGUGGCGCCGAAACGCGGGAGCCACGGCGAUUCUGGAGGUGUUAUGGAUCGCAUUGUGAGCCAGAUUCUCGCAGAGCUGGACGGUUUGUCUACCGGCAAAUCAGGAGCAGAUGUCUUCGUCAUUGGUGCGACCAAUCGCCCUGACCUCCUGGACCCCGCGUUACUCCGACCGGGAAGGUUCGAUCGAAUGCUCUAUCUGGGCGUCAGCACGACACAUGCUGCCCAAGUCAACAUCCUUCAGGCGCUGACAAGGAAGUUCCGCCUUCAUCCUGAUCUGAGAUUGGAAGGCAUUGCAGAACAGUCCCCAUUUCAUUACACCGGUGCCGACUUCUAUGCGCUCUGUGCCGAUGCCCUGCUCAAGGCGAUGUCAAGAAAGGCCGAAGAGCUUGAAAACACAAUUGCCAAGCUCAAUGCAUCUCCUCCGGAUACGCACCAUCCGUACCCUCUCACGCCUCAGUAUUACCUGGCCGAGUUGGCGACCCCUGCUGAGACAGAAGUGCUGGUUUCGGAGGAAGAUUUCACUGGUGCACUCCGCGAACUGGUCCCUAGCGUCACCCAGGCGGAGAUGGAGCACUACGCACGAAUCCAACAGCGAUUCUCGAAAGAGACAAUCAACGGCGCCGGUGGAUCUGCCUGA